CCAUUCAAUCGAUUCAAUGGAAAGCGCUCCCCUUGUCGGUAAGAUGGUGGUACUGCGGAGUUCACUGUGACACAUCGUGGUGCACAAAGCACCGAGGAUAGCGGUUUUUAUUUUAAUUUACAUACCAAAGUAUACACAGUGGGUCAGGACAUGGGAAUGGAGGCGAUUUACACCCAAGGCGUCUGGCUGGCUGAGAGUCUCCAGCAGAAGACUAUGAGUUACGAAAAGUUUUGGCUUGUUGUCACUCAUAUCGGAGACCCUAAAGCAGCGCUGCUGCUCGUGUUUCCAUUCACCUAUUUCAUCAGCAGACGAGCCGGAGUGGCUGUACUGUGGGUGGCUGCAAUAUCGGAGUGGCUGAACCUGGUGUUCAAAUGGAUGCUGUUUGGAGAGAGGCCGUUCUGGUGGAUAGGUGAAUCACGUCUGUUUCUGAACAAAGAACCCAACGUUGUGCAGUUCCCAUCCACCUGUGAAACCGGCCCAGGGAGUCCGUCGGGACAUGGGAUGGUGACGGCAGCAGUCUGGUGGGUGGUGGUGUCCUCACUGGGGACAUUUCUGUACUCCCGUACUCACAGUGUGGUGUUGUCAGCUACUCCCUACCUGCUGUAUGUAGUGAUGCUGGUUGCCGUUGGACUGUCCAGGAUCUUUAUCCUCGCCCACUUUCCGCACCAGGUUGUCGCUGGCUCCAUUACAGGAUUCAUCCUAGGGAUUCUUCUGGGCCGCAGAGUACCACGAGGUCGCCCCCUGCUGUUCUUUUUUAGCCUCAGCAUUGGUCUCUUUGUCGGUGCUCUGGCGCUCCAUGCUGGACUGCAGCAGCUGGGAAUCGACCUCUCCUGGUCUAUUGCUCUCGCUACGAAAUGGUGCAGCCGUGCAGAGUGGAUCCGCCUGGAUACGGCCCCGUUCUCCUCUCUGACCCGAGACUGCGGGGCCGUUCUGGGUCUGGGGCUGGCCCAGUACUGGAAGCCCGGAGGAUUUUCCCUGCCUUGGGCUCCGAGGGCUUUGUCUCUGGCCUUCUCAUCCAUGGGACUGUACCACGUGAAUCGCCUGCCGCUCCCGGUCCGACCGCAGGGCCUCUUCUACGCCCUGGUCUUUGUCAAAUUUGUCAUCGUGCCUCAGAUUGUCAUGGUGCUUGUCCCCGGGUUGGUACACCUCAUGACGCACAAAAAGAAGAAGGACUAGAGAUCCUCACGCCUCCGAGGACACCUCUGGAUUCCUUCUGAGCUUCUUUAAUCAGUUUAAGUGUCUCUUUAAUGUAUUUUAAGGUUCCCUCCUGUGGGUAGAGGCUACACUCCAAGUUGAUUUGUCUUUUUUUUUUUUUUUUUUUUACAUUUCACCUGAAAUGAUUCCAUGUUUUGUUUUCUUUUGAAAAGCACACACUCGCUUUUGGUGUUGGUACUGUGAUGAAACUUAAUUCUGCUGCACGUUUGCAUUCAUUACAAUGUAAUCGUUCAAAGUGUCGGAAAUUCUUCAGUAUUUUCGCACAG